AUGCUGAAGAAAGAGUUGAAUAGUGCUCCAAACAGUUUAAGUGAAUCCUACUAUGAAAACAGAACAGCUCGAGAAAUUCUCAUGGGCAUCGAUAACAACUUUUCACGUGCUGUUGGCCUUCUCAACAAAUAUAUGCCACACAAUGAUGAUGAUGAUGAUGAUAAUAAUGUGGACGAAUUUUCUGAUUCUAAUCAUAAUAAAGCCGCUGGUACAGAGAAAGAUACAAAAUCUUCACCGGGUCAAGGAAGAAGUGGUAAUGCUGAGCACUUGGAGGAAAAACGAUCGCAUUUCUCUCGAACACUUAAAUCAGAAGAUCCAAGUAGUCAAGUUACCUUACCGAGUUUUACUGUUCAAAAAUACGAUGAUGCGACUGGAUCAAUAAAAUAUCCAUUGAAAAUCGGCUCACAAAUGGAUGAUUCAAAAGAAACACCUCAAUCAAUACCACUGACGGAUAUAUCGGUGAAUGUAAACGGUGUACAGGCUUCUUAUGAUGAUGACGAGGCCUACUACUUAUAUGAUGAUGAUGAUGAUGAACGACGUAAAAUCAAAUCCACUGGACCUUAUUCAAAAGUCUACGGAUAUUCUGUUGCAGAUCAAUCUGCGUCUAGAGAUUUAGAUAAUGCUACGCCAAAAACACUUGAAUUGUGCAAGCGUUAUCCGUGUCAUUAUUGCUUUUAUGUCUACUUUCCAUCAACAACCAUAGAUGAUGAUUUAAUGCCAUUUCGUCGGAAAGCAUUUAUGGACAAGGUAUCACGCCUACAAAAUCCAGAGCAUGUUAAAGAAGUUCUUGGAACUAAAUGUGCCCGUGAUGCCUAUUCUGAUCGACGGAUACGUUCGAUUGAGCGACUAUCUGGUACAGAAGUACAUUUAAGUGAUUUGAAUCCUGCCAUGACAUGUAUUAAAGGCUUGCCGAGAAGACGUUUAACCAUAGCUGGACCAUCAUUUAUCAAUAUCUGUUGUGCAUUACAUUUAUUUGAAGACCUGUUACCAAGUGCAAUAAAAGGUGCUAUAUUCCCCUAUCGAUUACCAGAAGGUUCAUCAACACGCUUUCAAGCUGGUAGACGAAUGAGUUCAGUAUACCAUUGGAUUUAUGGAAGGCCGAAUGGUUCAGUUUACUUGAGAAAACAACUAGACGAUAAGGGGGGUUGGCGAAGCUUUCUUCCUCCACGUAAAGGUAUUAGUGCUGAAAGAAUAUAA